CCGGCGGAAAGGUCACGCCUGCGCUCCGCUCCCUCCAGAGGGUUUUUCCCUUCCGAAGAUGGCGGCGGUCGCGGUGUGGGGCUGCCGGAAAUGCCUUUUAAACAUGUGUCUCGUGUCCGGGCGGCGCUCCUUGCCCGCGCAGUGUGCCUUCUUCGGACGCUGGCCCACCAGGCCCGCUGCAGAGCUGUACCAGUCUAGAUGUUAUUCGUCAGGCAGACGCAAAGGUUUCAUAUCCGGCUUCGUGGAGAACAUCAAGCAGGAGCUGGCCAAGAACAAAGAGAUGAAGGACAGCAUCAAGAAGUUCCGAGACGAAGCGAAGAAGUUGGAGGAGUCGGAGGCCCUGCAGGAAGCCAGGCGGAAAUACAAAACCAUUGAAUCUGAGACGGUGAAGACCUCUGAAGUCCUUAAAAAGAAAUUUGAAGAACUCACUGACACCGUCAAAGAGAGCUUUGACGAAGUCGGCAAGAGCGAAUUGGGCCGGAAGAUCAAGGAAGGCGUGGAGGAAGCGGCCAAGACGGCCAAGCAGUCUGCCGAAUCGGUCUCCAAAGGAGGAGAGAAGCUAGGCCGGACGGCGGCGUUCAAGGCCAUUUCCCAGGGCGUGGAGACGGUCCGGAAGGAGAUCGACGAAAGCGUCCUGGGCCAGACGGGGCCUUACAAGCGGCCGGCACAGCUGCGGAAGCGGACAGAGUUUGCCGGCGAAAGGCUGAAAGACGAGCGAAUAUUUGAAGCCAACGAGGAGGCCAUGGGCGUGGUGCUCCACAAGGACUCCAAGUGGUACCAGCAGUGGAAGGAGUUCAAGGACAACAACGUGGUUUUCAACCGGUUCUUCGAAAUGAAGAUGAAAUAUGACGAGAGCGACAACGCCCUCAUCCGGGCCUCCCGCGCUGUGACGGACAAAGUGACCGGCUUCAUUGGGGGGCUUUUUUCCAAGACGGAGAUGUCCGAGGUGCUGACGGAGAUCCUCCGCGUCGACCCGAAUUUCGACAAAGACCAGUUCCUCAAGCAGUGCCAAGAUGACAUCAUUCCCAACAUCUUAGAGGCCAUGAUCACUGCAGACCUCGACAUCCUGAAGGAUUGGUGCUACGAGGGGACCUACAGCCAGCUGGCGCACCCGAUUCAGCAAGCCAAAGCGACGGGCCUCCAGUUCCACUCCAGGAUUCUGGACAUCGACAAUGUGGACCUCGCGAUGGGCAAAAUGAUGGAGCAAGGACCCGUGUUGAUUAUCACUUUUCAGGCCCAGGUGGUGAUGGUGAUUAAAAACCAAAAAGGAGAAGUGGUUGAAGGAGAUCCCGAGAAAGUCCUGCGGAUGCUGUACGUCUGGGCGCUCUGCCGGGACCCCGACGAGCUCAACCCCUACGCCGCGUGGAGGCUGCUGGACAUUUCCGCCUCCAGCACCGAGCAGAUCCUAUGAGCGUCCGGCCCCCCCCGCCUCGCUCGCGGGUCCGGACCGCGUCCCCCGCCUUGGCGCAAGGGCGGCCAUUUUGCACGGAGGCUCAGCACGAGGGGGGGGCUCAGCUUUAGCGAGCCGCUGCUUUUUCCUGAGGGCGCGGGGACGUUCUGAGGCAGACGGUGGGAGUGACUUGCCCCCCACCCGCCCCCAAAUUUGCUUAAAGGAGGAGGGGCGUUUCCUUGGUGUCAGGUGAUCGUCAGGGAGGCAGCUUGGACUGGAAAGCCAAAGCAGCAUGUAUUCCACCCGGCGUUCUCCGUCAACCUUCUGGUGCCGCUGGGCGUCUGGAUGCCACUUUCCCGGGAUUUCCCGGGUCACUGUCCCCGUCCGUCCUGCGGCCGUUUUUGCGCUACUCGGCUUGUACCCGGCGGGGCUUUCGGCUGAGGACCGAGGUGUUCCCGUUCUCCGUAGCAGCCUGGACCUGUUUCCGUGGGGGCCAGGGUGACGUGGGCGGAGGCAUGUUGAAGGCCGGAACUGUGGUUGCA